ACCCCUCCAGCUGUUGGGAACGGGCGAGAAAGAGGAGGAGGCGAGAAACUCCCACCGACCCACAGAGGGAGCAUGACUUCGGCAACUUCACCUAUCAUUUUAAAAUGGGACCCCAAAAGUUUGGAAAUACGGACACUAACAGUGGAGAGGCUUUUGGAGCCACUUGUUACACAGGUGACAACCCUUGUCAACACAAGCAACAAAGGCCCAUCUGGUAAAAAGAAAGGGAGGUCAAAGAAAGCCCAUGUACUGGCUGCCUCUGUAGAACAAGCCACUCAAAACUUCCUGGAUAAGGGUGAACAGAUUGCUAAGGAGAGUCAAGAUCUCAAAGAAGAAUUGGUCGCUGCAGUUGAGGAUGUACGCAAACAAGGCGAGACAAUGCGCAUCGCCUCUUCAGAGUUUGCUGAUGACCCGUGCUCAUCGGUGAAGCGUGGCACCAUGGUGCGGGCGGCGAGGGCUUUGCUCUCAGCUGUAACACGCUUACUCAUCCUGGCAGACAUGGCGGAUGUCAUGAGACUUUUAUCUCAUCUGAAAAUUGUGGAAGAGGCCCUGGAAGCUGUCAAAAAUGCUACAAAUGAGCAAGACCUUGCAAAUCGCUUUAAAGAGUUUGGGAAAGAAAUGGUGAAACUUAACUAUGUAGCAGCAAGAAGACAACAGGAGCUGAAGGACCCCCACUGCCGGGAUGAGAUGGCUGCCGCCCGAGGGGCUCUGAAGAAGAACGCCACAAUGCUGUACACGGCCUCCCAAGCCUUUCUCCGCCACCCGGAUGUUGCUGCCACGAGAGCCAACCGAGAUUAUGUGUUCAAACAAGUCCAGGAGGCCAUCGCUGGCAUCUCCAAUGCUGCCCAGGCUACCUCGCCCACCGAUGAAGCCAAAGGCCAUACGGGCAUCGGGGAGCUGGCUGCAGCUCUGAACGAGUUCGAUGAAUCCAGCAUAGUGGCAGAGCCUAGUUUUCUUGCAUUGAAAGGCUCUAACAACGGUGUUUAA